GUCUCUCCUCUCAAAAAGAGAAGAAAUAAACGAAGACACUCAGAAGCAAACCAGAGGAAGCUCAGUAUUGAUGGCUGUUGCAAAUUAGGCGUUUCCACUAAAGUUAACCCUCUAUUGAUGUCUUUUUACAAAUUAGGGUUUUCCGCUUGGUCUAACUGUCUGGUAAUCAUUCCCUUGAUGUUAUUGUUUCUCCCCCUUCUUAGGUCACAUUUGCAGUCAAUUGAUUAGAGGUUUCUAGAGAGAGAAAGAGGGGGAAGGGAGAGUGAGAAUGGAUGGUGGAAACAUAAAGCUAUCCCUCGACAAGCUUCCCAUUAGGCGUGUAGAUGCUGUUGAUGAGAAUGGAACUGAGCACUUUCCGCCGAGUGACGUCAACCAAGAUGAGAAGUAUCUCUCAUUGCUGAGACGAAUCGAUUUCACUCCUGUCGUGGAGAAGGAUGCAAAGAAGCAGAAAGUUUCAAGGGAGAACCAGGCAUCACAACAAUGGCCAUGGCAGAGCCUUGUGGAGAAUUUGCGGCAGGCUCACCAUGAACUCUCUGUUAUCAUUGAUCUCGUCCAUAAUGUGGAAGCAAAUGACGCUGUGGCUGUUGCAGGAAUGACACGACCAAAGCCAUUACCUAAUGAAGUUUUAUCUGACCUUGCCAUUUCCACAUCAACCAAGUUACAAUGCUUUCAGCAUGUGGGCAAAUAUUUAAAACAAUCUGCAAAAGCUUUGGAACAUCAGGUUGCAAGGGAGGCAAGAUUCUACGGUUCAUUAAUCAGAUUGCAACAAAAUUGGAAAGUAAAGCGCCAGCGUGCACUAGCUGCCCCUUCAGGAAGUGAGGGCUUCACAUUUGAUUUAUCUGAUAUCUCUCUAUCAGAUCCAUUACUUUUUCGAACAUCUUCUCUAUCUACAGUUCGAAUUGAACACGACUCUACUGGAAUGCUGGCUGUAACAUUGCCUCCAAAUUCAUGUCAUGCAUUGUUCUUAGGGUUUCGUGAUGGUCCCUCAAGUACUAUACCAAUCCAGCCUGCUGGCUCCAACAUUGAUUCUUUAAGGGAAGGGUUUGAUUGUGGAGCUAAGAAAGAGACAGCUACUAAUGAAGAUGUCAAUGAAUGCCUGAAGGAAACACAUGCUUUACUACGUAGUAUCCAUCGAGCUAUCUUUGAUGAGCAGGUCUUUGAUUGGGUAAAUCGUGAAGCUUUCAAUGGAUCUCCUGGAGUUAAUGUGACAGGGAUGAGAGAGAAUUUUCUCCAGUUGAGCUUAAAUCCAGAAAUCUCUGUUUGUUUGAAAUUAUUGGCUUCAAACAAGGAUGAUCAGAGUGAAAGCCAAAAUGGCAUUCAUAAUGAAGGCUCUCGGGUGGUAUCUGUGGAUCUAUCUGAGGGGUCCGGAGCUUCGGAUGCGAGGCUUAAGAACACCCAAGAAAAGGAGCAAAAUUGGCUUCCUGAUGCUCUGAGUUGUGAGAUUUAUCUGCAACAGUUGCUCCUUGAAAAUGUAUUUGUUAGAGACAGAGAGAUACGUGCUCCUGUCAAAUGUGGCUCAAAUAAAGUGCAAGGAUCUAUGAAGCCUAUAGGUGAUGGGUUUGGUUUUUUGGGUCAUUUCUGCGUGUCACUCAGCCACAGAAUUUUCUCUCACAAAGUACUUGUAGAUCUUGAAAAUCUGGCAGCAAGAGUUCCAUACGUUCACUUAUUAUCACAUCCUACCUGGAACUCUCGAAUAUCUGCGUGGUCGCUAUAUAUGAAGGUCCCUCAAUCUAUCAUGCACUUGGGUAAAACAAAACCUGAAACAUUUGAUUUGGAAAAAGGGAUCAGGUCACAGUUCUACACUAAAGUUGUUGUGAAUGAUGAAUCCAUAUGCAUUGAAGGAGAAGCUGCACCUAGUGUGGUUGGUCUAUUUAGAAGUGAUUCCGUGGAGGUUCGUUCAAUAAGCGGUUAUCAUUGUGGCUUGGAGGACCUCACCCCGAUGUUGUUGCAACAGGUAGCGAGCCAGGUGGUACAUUGGAUUCAUGAGGAGGCCCUUAUUGUGGGUAUGAAGGUUACUCGAGACUUUUUGAGCCUAUGGUUUGAGGUAGAGCAAGGAGAUCGGCUUGGUCUUGUCGCUCGUAUAGACCAAGACGAUCCACACUGUUGCAUCGGGUGGUGGUUGGUGUUGGAGGAUGCGAGAAUGGAGGGCCAUCCUGAUCUUAGCAAUGGAGGCUCAUCAGAGAGUAAGAAGUUUUUGGGGCAUCUCUCCCUAGAGUCUCUUUAUGCAGUUUUAAUGGAUCUGGUCAGUUUAUGCAGUAGCAGUGGGACUUCAUGAUCUCAUGCAACUCUCUCUCUCUCUCUCUCUUAAAGAAGCUCUUCCACUCGUGAACUUCUCUGUGCUCACUUUAUAUGUGCACUUCUUUCUCUGCGUCCUCUUUUCAUAGAAGCACAUUUAUUCUUGGUUCCUCUCUCAUCUCGCUAAGCAAGCCUCUAGUCAAUUUAUCUUUAGAAGCGCAUUUUCUUUCACAUCAACGCUCCAAGUGAACUUCUGCCAUCAGCCUCUAUGGAAGCUCCUUUGAAUUUCGGGUCCUUUUAUCGCACAUCUUCUGCCAUCGGCUUCUAUGGAAGCUCUUUCGAAUUUUGGGUUCCUUUCAUCUCUCCAUUGACUUUUCUUUUCCCUUUCUCAUUUUUCUGCCCCUCUUCCUAGGUCCCACUUUUCCCCAUUUUCAGUUUUUCUCUUCCUAAGUACCCACUUUUCGAAGUCAAACCUUUUGUAGUUGAUACCCGUUGUAUAACAUUUCAUUGUAAUGUGAAGGAUGUCGUUCCCACUUUUCGUAGUCAAACCUUUUGUAGUUGAUACCUGUUGUAUAACAUUUCAUUGUAAUGUGAAGGAUGUCGUUCCCAUUUUUCGAAGUCGAACCUUUUGUAGUUGAUACCUGUUGUAUAACAUUUCAUUGUAACGUGAAGGAUGUCGUUCCCAGUCAAAGCUUUUGUAGUUGAUACCUGUUGUAUGACAUUUCAUUGUAAUGUGAAGGAUGUCAUUACCACUUUUCGAAGUCAAACCUUUUGUAGUU